UCGGUGCUAACAAGAAAAGAAUUAAACCAACCGAGAGCCCUCGUUCGUUGUCACGUGACACGGAAAAACAAAUGCGCGGUCGCCCCCCGAAAUUUUCAAGUUGAGGUUGCGAAUAGAUUUUUAGACACUGGCAACAAAAUUAAAAAGUUUAACCACUAUCAUAGUGUCUGAUCCACGUUAUUCUUUUUAACGAGUAACGGUGGAAUUCUACUCGAAUGGAGACGUUUCUUCGUAAUAAUGGAAAAAAAAUCGAGACAGUCGAAUCUCCAAAGAGGCACAUUACACAGCGUCAGAUUUAGUGUCGAUACCAAAGCGUGUAGAGUUCAAAGCAGGAAUAUUCCUUAUAUUGUUGGAUACAGUUGGGACAAUUGUGAAAGAAUUAAGGAGCUGAGAAUAAGACACUUGGCAAGAAAGUUCCUAAAAAUAUGGACACGGAACACUUUUGGUCGAAAACUUCCUCAUGGAGCCAAGUGUCAUUAUGACAGUGUGCUACUGAGAAAAACAUUCCAGGGAUGGAAAGACGAGUGUUGGGAAUCCGGGAGGGGCUGGAGUCUUUCAGUACGUGCAGAGUAUCAUUACAGGUAUAACCUGCUGUACGUGACAUUCCGAAGCUGGCAAACUUUUAUGUCACUGCAAAUAGAAAAGAAGAGGCGAAUUCAAAAAGCUCAAGAAUUUGACGAUAAGCGCCGUAUGCGUCAGAUUUGGGAUAAGUGGAAGAUUUUCAUCCAAAGAAAUCGGCAGAAAAGCAGAGCACGUCAAAUAGCUCAAGAGCAACACAGGCGGACUCGUCUUCUUUCAGUAUGGUGUUUGUGGAAGAUGAGGCUCCAAGAGCAUCAAAACAUUUGCACUAUGGGUGACCAAGGCUUAAUGCACGGAGGAUUGAAUCUACAUAGCAAGGCAUUUCUUCAGCAAAAAGAGCUGCAAUCUGCUCCUUGUCCCAAAAUACAGAAAGAAUCUGAAGCUUCACUUCACUUCAGCAGCACAGCGACAAAGAAAUCAUUGCAUGAGUGGCAAAGCGUCGUCUCCUGUCAGCAGCACCAGAAACCAUUUAAAGCCGUAGCAAAGCACCUCGCCUGUCUUCACCUGAUGAGGCGGAGCUGGAGUGUGUGGAGGCACGAGUGGGAUCGCAAACAGAAGGAGGAAGAACGUUUGCAAGCUUCAGGGCAGCUGGCAGGUCGGGCAUCUCAGCGGCGAGCCCUCCUGCACUGGAAGGCAUAUGUGACAUGGCGCAAACAAAAAGCCGAUAAGGGCCAAAUGGCAAGUCAACAUCACCACCAUCGCUUGCAGCGUGCUUUACUUCAGGGUCUAUCUUUGAACGUGUCCCAGAACAAAGCUAAACGGCUAAAUAACAAUACUGCAGUUCAACAUCUUCACCGGACUGUCCUAAAUAAACAUUGGAAGCUGUGGAAAGAGCGACUGGAGGAGACUGAAGACAAACCUUUCCAAGCUCUGACAGACCUGGCAUUGACCAACUACAGGACGCAUCUGUUGAGUCGCUGUUUUGACCACUGGAGCGAGAAAUUUGCACACCAAAGACAUAUGCAGGAGCUGGAAUGGCGUGCUGAUGUUUGGUUUGAAGAGCACCUUUUGGCCCAUUAUUUCAAUUCGUGGUGUAAAUAUAUUCUGCAGAGAAGAAUGAAGAAGGACAGGAGAGAGAAGGCAGUUUUCUACCAUAAACAGCGCCUGUGCACUUGGGUGUUGUGCACCUGGCGGCAACAGUCAGAGAACCACAAGGACGAGAUGCUGUCGUUGCGAAUAGCCAUUCUCCACGAAGAGCAAGGCCACGUGCAGAGAGCCUGGGCUCGAUGGAGGAAACGGACGAAGCAGCUGCAGGAGAAGCACCAGCAGGCGUCUGAACGUCAUUACCCGCAAAGUCUUCCCCACGUCUCGUUGGAGCAGAGGGAAGACGCCACCAGUGAGUUCCAGGCCAGGACCAAUGACCGGCAAGCUUGUCGCCAGGGUGAACUUUACAACGUCAGAUGGGCUUUGGAUAGGUGGAAAAAGUUUGUUCAGAGACAGAAAUUGACAAAGGUUCAGCGGUGCCACGAAAACAGAAUUGGCAAGCACAGCUUCGAGCCCUGGAAGCUCCACGACACACUCAAAACAUUUGAGCCGACAGAACGAGCACUUUGGCAUUGGGCCCUCACUCUUCAAGCCAAGAUGCUGUAUGGGUGGAGGCUGUGGGUCAUAAAGAAGCGCAGGAAGAAGGUGGAGGCGUUUGAAGCUGCUCGGGUGAACAAAAUCCAGCCGCAGAAGGUGUUCCUGGCCUUGGGAGAAGAAUUAAAGGAUGGGGUUUCUGGCCGGCACCAGAAGGGAAAAGUACUCAACAGUCCUCAGAGUUCUUUCAAUCAAGUGGAGUUGCUGCGGAGGGAGCGAAUAAGCACGGAAAAAGCCCGGAAGCAUUACAACUCCAAACUGCUGUGCAAAGCGCUGAGAGCGUGGAAGACGCAGCACCAAACCCGCCUCAAAUAUCAGGGGAUGAAACGACAAGGAAUCUUGUUGCUGAGACUGAAGAUGUACCGGACCUACUUUGCACUCUGGAGGAGGAAGCUCCAGUUCAAACUCAAAGUGUCUGAGCAGACCGAGCAAGCGCUCUGGCAUUGGGCCCUCACUCUUCAAGCCAAGGUGCUGCACGCGUGGAGGCUGUGGGCCGCAGAGCAGCGUAGGAGGAAGACGGAGGGGGGGGAAGCCGCUCGGGUGGUUGAAGACCACCCGCAGGGUGCGGGCAUGACACGCGUCAUGACAGACAGCAAACCCGUGAAUGACAUCAGAAGGAGCCUGCAAGAGCUUGGAACACAACGAGAAGAAGAACCAGCGUGUUCACAAUGGGAGGAAAAACAAAGGCUCCAUAUUCAGAAGGUGGUGAAGUGUUGCGCAAUGAGGUGGAAGCGGCGGGCCCUUUGCAAGCCACUAAAAAAGACGGUGACCUUUUGUAAUCCUGAUCCGAAACCUGUUUCUCGAUCUGACACGGAGGAAAGCGACACAGACGACAGUGAGCUAAUCCAUCCCAUAAUGCGACGCCAGACUCGACGCUGCGAGGAACUGUUUGAGGCCUCACUGAGCGUAUUGCCAUAUGACGGCUGUCAACAUUCUGCCGGAGCAGCCCAACAACUGCGGGAGCACAUUUCUUCAUCCCGGACGGCUCUACUUGCACUGUCAUCCUCUCCCCUCCGUCGUCCUUUCAUUCCGUUCAGCGGAGACGAGCGUCUUGUGCCACCCCAGAAAGCUCCCAUUUCCAUCACGGACCGGACUCAGGCACAGCGUGAGCUGCUAAUGCCUCCCACUGCUUUCAUGAGCACAGAAAACAGAGGACAGUGGGGACGUGCCAGCGUUCUAACAAUGGAACCCAGUAUAGAACAUUUUUCAUCACAACCUUCAGACGUACACGCGAGAGAACUUAGCGGAGAGUCGGCGACCAAUCGAAGCUCAUCGCUGAUAAGUGAGCUGAUGAGCAUCCAGCAGGACAUGAAGAGCUUCCUGCAGGACCGGAAGCAGCUCAGGCUCUGGCAGAGAGUGAAAAAUGUCUUGCAGACUUGGCUGCAGACCAGCGGAAAAGAGGAAAUGGAUAACAGAGCAGUUUGUCAACAGGUGAAGGAGCUUGAGGAGCGCAUCGAGAGAUUGUCCUUUGAGCUGGGAACACGAAGGCUGACGAUGCGUUUCCACGCGGAAAGGCUACAACAUUUACAAGCUGUCCUCGACUGCUCGGGGUUUUCUUCUCUUUGUCGACAAGCGCGGAUGUGAACGUAACGUUUCGCGCAAUGAUUGAGAGUUAAAGUCUGGUCAAUUCAUUAUAUUUGUUAUUUUUCUCAACGGUGUACCGUGUACAUCUGAUUAUGUGCGUCAUUUUAAUGUCCUGCUGUGUUGAAGAGUUGGUGAAGUAGAAUAUAGUUCAUGUCACAUCCAUAUUUGACUUGAACACAAAGCCAGCGUAUACUUUUUAAACACUUUCCCGUUGUAAAUGUUCAGGGUUUGCUAAAAAAAAAUCAUCUUUGCUUACUCAUCAAAAUGUAAAAAUGAAUAAAAGCACAACCAGCCCUUU